AUGUCGUUGUUCUCAAAACUCACCAAGAACAAUGACAAGUCGAUAUACCCAUGGUCACAGCGCAAGUUAGGAGGAGGCAAUAGUGCUUUCCCGAGAUUUGGCCAUGCUACCACUGCACUACCAUCCGAUCAACUCGUUUUAUAUGGUGGCAUGCAACCUAAUGGACCUGCGAAAAAAGACCUGUACCUUGUUGAUGCAAAUAAUGUGUCGAUCAGCUCGUUUAAUGCCUCUGGAGAUGUGCCACCGCCUCGAUGCUUCCCUACUCUUGUAUCCAUUCGAAACUUUGCAUUACUUUAUGGUGGCGAACCUGUCCUUGCCGAUGACAAGUGGGAUCCUCACGUGUAUAUCUUAAAUAUAGCAAACAAACAAUGGAAUCGUAUCCGAAUGGAAGGACAUUUACCAGUGGAACGAUCAAGACAUUCAGCGUCAAUAGCAGAUGGCGUCAUGUAUGUUUGGGGCGGUCAACGUGCAGGACGAUACCUCAAUGAUAUGAUUGCAUUCAAUACCACUACAUAUCCUUCAAAUCCGCAUUGGGAAUUCAUCAAGCCAAACAAUGAAGGACCUUCCGCUAGAGCUGGGCAUGUCUCUGUUGUGUUUGACAACAAGCUCUACAUCUUUGGAGGCACGGAUGGUGACCAUUUGUAUAAUGAUGUUUGGGCCUUUGAUCUACAAUCUCGAUUAUGGAUGCAAGUUCCUGCUGUUGGCUAUAUCCCAAUCCCUCGUACCGAUUUCUCAGCUUCACUCGUUGAUGGUGUCAUGUACAUAUUUGGUGGUCGUGGUCCUGAUGGCCAAGAUUUGGGAGAUCUUUGUGCUUUUAGAAUCAAAAGUCAACGAUGGUACAUGUUCCAAAACAUGGGUCCCGCUCCUUCAGCAAGAUAUGGCUUAUCUAUUUCUUCCGUUAAGGAGAGACUUUAUGUUCUUGGUGGUGAUAAUGGCAAUGGCAAGCUCGAAGAUGGUUCAAUGGCUUAUAUCCUUGAUUGCUCCAAAAUCAGAUAUCCACCUGAAACGGCAGCUCAACAACCACCCGCUCCCCAACCACAUCCAUCACAACCACCGCAACCAUCGCAACCGCAACAACCUCAACAACAACAACACUAUCCAUCUACCCAAUCACAGCAAUCUAAUGCCUCCCCUUCUUCGACAUCCUUUCAAUCCAUGUCCGAAUCCGAAGCAUCGAUACAACGAGGACCACCACCACCACCUCUUGUUCAAAAUUCACAAAGCACGCCGAUACGAUCACCUCCUCCUAUGCAUCAAUCCAUCCCUCCUUCACCAUCACAACAACAACAACAACAACAACAACAGCCUACACAAUACAAUGGAUCUGCAAAUGGUAGCAUAAAUGGAUCACCUGCAAUGCAUGAAUUGGAACCUCCUCAAUUGAUUGAACCACAGCCAUCCAUGUCAGCACCUAUGCCAGCUGCUGCUGGUGGUGGUGGAGAUCGUGUUGCACCACAACCCAAACCUCAAGAUACACCACAGCCCUCCAAGCCUCGUCAUGCAUCAGUAGUUCCAGAAGCAGCCCGACGACGAACAAGGACAACAUCACCAAUGCCAUUUACUGAAGUUGAUACCAACAUGGAGAUACGACACCAUGGACCCAUGUCACCUGCAUCCAUAAGCUCUAAUGAAAAUGACAAAGGAGGUUCGCUACGGAGUUUCACUGAUGAUGAACGUCCAACACGUCCUACGAUUCCUCGUAAUACAAUGAACGGCAUCGCUCCUCCACCACGACCAUCACGUGAAGGCGUCAAUCUUAACAGCUCGUAUCGUCAUACGAUGGCUGAUCACGUGAUUGAUGAUCGACCCAAAUCACAAAUGCCUCGUUCUACGGAUACCCCUCCUCGUGUUGCUUCACCUAUGGCUAAUGGGCGUCAUCAUCAACAUGAUACUCAGGAUACAUCAAGUAUGGAUCGUACAGCAUCUCCUAUUCCUCGACAACAAGAACAUUCUUCUAUCCCUAAUGGCAUUGACAACAAUGGUGCACCCUUGACACCUCCACCACGACCUAAAUCCUCUGCACCUGUACCAGAUCCGAUACAAGAAGAGAAGGCAGCCUUGGUGCGUGAAUUACGUUCUCGUGAAUUGAUAGUGAACGAGAUGCGUAAAAAAGAGCAAUGGUGGCGUACAGAAGUAUCCAUUGCACGUAAACUUCGUGCAGCACAAGGUGAACGAUUCGAUGAUGAUCUUGAUGAAGAACGACUCUUGAUGGACUUUGAUGGCGAACCCGACAAAUUCAAGUUGUUUGAUCAAUUGGUGCAUGUUAAGGCUGAGCUACGACGUGUAAAGCAAUCGAUCAUGCAUCAGGCACAACCCAUGUCACAAAAGGUGACACAAGCUGAUCGGAUGCGUGUGGCUGCAUUACAAGAAGCUGCUUACUUUAAGGCCAAAUAUGAAUCGUUAAAGAGUCGACAACCACUUGACCCAUCCCUUGAAGCGGAUCGUGUUGAUGAGCUUGAAAAGCGAUUAGCAGCUGCACUUUCUGAGAAUGAAGCCAACAGUCGAUUACUUCAACAAUUACAACAACGUGCUCAACAUGAUCAUUCUUCGAGACUUGCUGCUGAGGAACGUGCCAAGGAUGCUCAUGAACGUGCACAAGAAGCUCAAGCUGCACAUCAACGUGCUCUUGAGGAGCUUGCUAAUGUCCAUGAUCGUGCUAUCCAAGCUGAAGCGCAAACCCGUCAAGGCACUGUCAAGAUUGCCGAACUUACUCAACAACUUGCAAACGCUCUCGCUACGACGCAGGACGUCUCUGAGGCACAUAUUUCGGUUUCUCGUCUUGAAGCUGCUAAUCUCAAGGCACGUAAUGAAGUGGCUGCUUUGAAACAAAAACUUGCAGAGAGCAUGGAUGACAUGGCUCGUUUGAGGACCAUCCUAAGUGAACGUGAUGAAACACUCAAAGAGACCACUCGUGAACUUGAAGAUGCCGAAAUCCAAUUAGCCAUGAUGCGUGAUGCUAUGCAUCGUAUUGAAAACAGUGCUCCAUCUCCUCCUCGUGGAUUUUAA